CGUUGGGUCAAGGAUGCUCUCAUUAUGAUCUUUGCGUCUCUGCAUGUUUCUAAUCGCGACAAUGGCUUCUGGUUGAGAUGGCGUAUCCUUCUGCUACAUCAGCCGCAGCUACAACGCGUGCUAUUUUCUCCAAACAGGAAUCCGAUGAAGCAAGGAUCGGUAGAACUCAAGAUGCGCAACUGGACACCAACACUCUCGACCUCUUUUUUGCCGACGAAAAUGACAGUGAUUUCCUUUCUCUCGGAGGCCAACACUACGAUUAUCACGGGAUGUCUCUAGAAGGUGCGAAUGGGGUUCCAACGGAUCGCGGUCAUGGUAUCCGACAAGCCUAUUCUGCAUCCCCCAUCAUGACGGCCUGGUCAUGGUUGGAUUCCAUAGCACCAACUCCAAAGGGUAUGGGCUCAUCGGGCGCUGACCUUUCCCUAUCAAAAACAGAUAGCAGCAAGCUUGCCCCAAAGAAAAAGCGAGAUUUCAAGGUCAAAGUCAGCAUAACCAACAAGGAGGGAGACUCGACGGAACAUGCUGUCAUCAAGACACGUCGGGAAAAGAAAACUGCACCUACUAGUAGUUCCAGCACCUCGACGGAAUACCGGUACAAUGCAAACUCUACAUCGUCUAGUAGUUAUCCGACAACUUCAAGCGAUACUGCAUCGGGGGUUGAAAAUUUUGAGAUGGUGCUCAAAGAGCCAACAAGACAAUACACUGCAGCUCAAACCACCAAGCCAACACUGCGCGAAAUUGACACGGAACAAUCUGAGGACAGCGCAUGGUCCCGUGACCGGUUUUCUGGAUUGAGAUUACAACAAACACACCAUCAUAUCGACAGCCCUUUUUUUGGUCGGUCUUCUAGUGUUGUAAAGACCUUGGCAAAAGGGCUUCGUCAGACCGGUUCACUGUUGGACACAGGGGAGGAAGAGGUUCCGUCCUCGAGCGCGUGUAGCGCAAAUCUUGAUACCGGGAGCUCGCUAGGUAUUCGUGGUGAACAGCAAGGAACGCCUGAAAAGACAGCCUCGUAUGGUUACGACUCGAGUCUCAUGUUCGCAUCCUUCUUCAGUCUCUCAUCCAUGGAUGACGACACCAAUAAGGAGAAUUGUACUUCGUACAAUGCACAGCAACAAAGUGCCUUCAUCCCCACAAGUUGGACGCCUGAACAAAAAACAACAACACUACAACCAAAAGAGCCACACAAUCAUCAGAUUGACACGCAGGAACAGGAACAGGGCUGUUACUUUCCGCCGCCGUACGAAAAAUCGUCCCCUUUUCAAAUCUUCAAGUUCAAGCCCUUCCUAGCUCAUCCUUCGACAGCGUGGCAAUCCUUGUCUUGGGGCCAAUCCUCUUGUGCCGGCAGUAGUUACACAUGGGCUACAACUCUCAAAAAGAAUGGUGAAUUCACCUGCUGCGAGACUUCUGACGACCAAGAAGUCCCGAGCAAUUUUCAAGAUGAGCCACCAGAGGCUUCCAGCACAUCCAGCGGCAGUCUGAGUAUGCGGACCUGGGGAAAAUUGGACUCUUACAGAGCCUUUCGAUUGGGGGGAAACGUGUUCCAUAUCCGGGAAGUACUAGCCAAGCAGCAGGCGCGACGGUUUGCACGAAGGAUCGUGCUGACUUUGAUGUUCAUUGCCGUCACUGUUGUCAUCGUAGUGUUGAGCAUAUUCUUGAAACGAGCAAACGAGAGAGAUGACGAGUCAACGACGUCAAUACAGAAAAUAUAAGUGCAAGCCAAGGGCCGUCAAAUUCGCCAACGGCCGAGCCAGUUUGACUUCAUUGGGAUACCGUUACAUGCAUCGGAAGUAGCUCGGAGCACCGGUCGUUGCAGGCAACCUGUGGUAGGAAUGCUGCGACGCCGAUGGUCUUUUGGCAGACGGAAGUCACCGAGCAUCCAGAUUUCAAUUUUUUGGGUAGAAUCAUAAAGUAGAUGGGUCGCGAAACAGUACCGUAUUGUAGAUGGGUUGUCCGAGCUCACUUGAUACUGCUGGCGAUACGUGACCUCUGUACCGCGGCUUUCUCUGUACUAUCUGCAUGUGCCAAUGCUCCCAUUAUCUGAUGCCACCGAAAGCUGUCUCCGUGGGUUCUCUCGAGCUGAAUUGGAUCGCAGAUCUUGUGAUGGCCGUACAUUGCCACUCUCCCGUGCUUUCUGGGGUGCUCAACCAUGCAACCGCAUCCCAUAA